AGUUCCGUACUGCUUAUAACUUAAGUCGAACUGGACGAGUCUUCAGUACUAGCCACCAGUCGACUAUCCAGAACAACCUGAACUUUUCCGCCAAGAUGUGGACAACAGUCUUGCUUGUCUUUGCCGUUUGGGCAGUUUCCGACGGAAACCCGCUGUCGGGUUACCAGAACGACCCGGUUUUUCCCGAGGAGGUUCAGCGGAUCAUCGGCGGGAGCGCGGCUUCCCUCGGGAACUUCCCCUGGCAGGCUCGGCUCGACGGUCCCCUGCUGUGUGGAGGGACUCUGGUCCAUGCGCAGUACGUGGUGACGGCGGCUCACUGCUUCUUUUAUCAAGGGACUGACUACACGAACCCUGGUUACUGGACCAUCCGGCUGGGUGAGAUCUACCCGAACUCUCACGAGUCUACGGAACAGGCCAUCCCCGCCUCCAGCGUCACAGUGCACUCCGGAUACAACCAGUGGGCCACUCCUGACUACGACAUCGCCGUUAUCCGUCUCCGCCAUGCCGCUACCAUUAACAACUACGUCAGUCCCCUCAGUCUGCCGAACUAUGACGCACCGGACGGUACCAGCUGUGUGGUCAGUGGGUUCGGAGACACCACUGGAAACGGUAACCUGGCAAGCCGGCUGAUGUACGUGUACGUGCCGGUCAUGAACAGGAACACCUGUAACUACUACAUGAACGGCGCCAUCACCAGCCGUAUGUUCUGUGCAGGCUUCUCCAACGGCGGCAAGGACAGCUGCCAGGGUGACAGCGGAGGCCCGUUGGCGUGCCAGUUGAGCGGAACCUGGACGUUGUCGGGCGUGGUGAGCUGGGGCAACGGCUGCGCUCUGGCGGGCAACCCGGGCAUCUACACCCGCGUCACCCAGUUCAGGAGCUGGCUGUCACAGCACACGGGAUAUGCCAUAUAAUCACUCGGCAGCAAGAACUGCCAACUGCCCUCAGUUCUGUAAAGUUGUAGUCAACCGAGCUUGACAAGUUUUUUGUCCUCUCAGGAAAGUCCUUGGAAAGGAGAGGGCACAAUAAAAGGAAGCAAUGUCUUUUCAUGUAUGAAACGUUGGGCAACACACAAUUUGCUUCGAUGUUUUGUACAACACUAUACAAAAUAAACAGUGUCAGUCAA